CCGUGUCCUGGAGUUGCAAAACGCCAGGUAGCAAGUAGUUCGCUUAUCACACCGUUUUGGAGGUCUCCGCUUUUGGUGAUUUAAGUACAGCUGGCUAUUGCUUUUUCUCUUCAACUAUUUCUCCUAACUUCGCUCCAACUUCGAGCGCACAAAUGCUGUCAUUCCGAAGCGCGCUUGCUGGCCGACUUCGACAGGAAGACCUGGGUGGCUGUGCGCUUAUUUCUGCUUUUUGGCUUCACAAGUCCGCUGGCCGGGUGAUGCUCAACCCACUACGACUUUUCCCCCUCUCCUCCUCCCGCAGAACUGUAUGCGGGCUAUCCACGACACGGUGUGGACUUAUUCAACGGAAGAUGACAGAGAACGCCGUGGUUUCCCGACGAGGGAAGGUGCUGACCAUGGACACUAUAAACCCUAGUGUCAAAAAGGUUGAAUACGCAGUGAGGGGUCCGAUCGUGCAACGUGCGCUGCAGAUCGAGAAAGAACUCAAAGAGGGGGCUAAAAAGCCUUUCACAGAGGUUAUCAAGGCUAACAUUGGGGAUGCUCACGCAAUGGGCCAGCGGCCAAUCACCUUCUUCCGACAGGUGUUGGCACUAUGCUCCUAUCCGGCACUCUUGGAUGACCCCAGCUUUCCGGAAGAUGCUAAAAGCCGGGCACGUCGAAUCCUCCAGUUCUGUGGAGGUGGUAGCAUUGGGGCCUACAGUGCCAGUCAGGGUAUUGACUGCGUGCGUCAAGAUGUUGCUCGUUACAUUGAGCUGCGGGAUGGUGGUGUAGCCAGUAACCCUGACAACAUCUAUCUGAGCACCGGGGCCAGCGAUGGUAUUGUGACGAUACUGAAGCUCUUGGUGUCCGGCGAGGGCGAGACGCGCACGGGGGUGAUGAUCCCCAUCCCUCAGUACCCCCUGUACUCGGCCGCUCUGGCAGAGCUGGAGGCGGUGCAGAUCCACUACUUCCUGAACGAGGAGCGCUGCUGGAGCCUGGACGUCAGUGAGCUGCGGCGCUCCCUGGAGGCCGCUCGGCAGCACUGCUGCCCCCGCGCAAUCUGCAUCAUCAACCCCGGCAACCCCACCGGUCAGGUACAGAGCAGGCAGUGCAUUGAAGACGUGAUCCGAUUUGCCGCUGAGGAAGGCCUCUUCCUCAUGGCUGAUGAGGUGUACCAGGAUAACGUGUAUGCAGAAGGCUGCCAGUUUCACUCCUUUAAGAAGGUCCUGUUUGAGAUGGGGCCAGAGUACUACAACACUGUUGAGCUGGUGUCAUUUCACUCCACAUCCAAGUGUUACAUGGGAGAGUGUGGCUUCCGGGGAGGCUACAUGGAGGUGAUCAACAUGGACCCAGCUGUGGUGGCGCAGCUCACCAAACUGUUGUCGGUCCGCCUGUGCCCCCCUGUCCCCGGCCAGGCGCUCAUGGACCUGGUGGUGAACCCGCCCCAGCCUGGCGAGCCAUCCUACACCACCUUCCUGAUGGAACGCAACAUGACCCUCAAUGCUAUGGCGGAGAAGGCCAGGCUCACAGAGGAGAUCCUGAACACAGUCCCGGGAAUCAUCUGCAACCCUGUGCAAGGGGCCAUGUACUCCUUUCCUAAAAUCGCCAUCCCAAAGCGUGCCGUCCAAGAGGCUAAGGAAAAGGGUGUGGCCCCUGAUAUGUUGUACUGUAUGAACCUCCUGGAUGAGACUGGGAUCUGCCUGGUCCCAGGAAGUGGCUUCGGACAGCAAGAUGGAACCUACCACUUCAGAAUGACCAUCUUGCCACCGACUGAGAAGCUGAAGAUCUUGCUGGACAAGGUGAAGGAUUUCCACCAGCGCUUCACCCAGCAGUACUCUUAACACCCUCUGUCACCCUCUGUCACUUACCACAUCUCAGAGAGUGAGAGAGAGAGAGAGAGAGAGAGGUGGAUAAAAGAGACUGUGGCAGACACUGAACCAGGAUCAGCCAGGCCUUCCCCAAGUGCCUUCUCAUACAGCAAGCAACAGAAUGCACUUUGACACGUGUGUUUCACGCUGUUCCGCAUUGUCUUCACUAGCAAAAAUUACUACUCAAUGUGGCCAAUGACGCUACUUGCCAUAUCUGUUUUCUUAGUGUUUGUGCUUUUGUCCAUGUUAUAAUUACGUCUGUUAGUACUGUCACAAAGAGAAUACCAAUUUUACUUCCCCACAAGGGGGCAUGGAAUUAUGGAAUCUCAUUUUGUCUUGCAUUAUAUGAAGCACUACUUUAACAAGCUGGUGUACAGGUCUACCUAAUAAAUGACUCACUGAGUGUAUAUGUGUAGAGAGAGAGAGACCAGUAAGAAUGUGUUUAUGUAUUUGCUGGAGCGAAAAAAGCACAUUUUGUUGAGCAAUUCCAAUGUGCCUUUGGACCCAACCCUGACACCCACCCCCACUUUAAAAAAAUACCUUGUACCUCAGUCUCCAUCCUGCCACGGUGUAUAUUUUGGAUGAGCAGAGACAGUAUUAUAAUGCAUCACGGUUGUCAUAGCAACUUUGUAGGCAGAGUGUAUAAACGGAGACGAGUGCCACGUCAGUCUGAUCCACUGUUGCAUCACUACAAAAUUGGGAACCAAGAGCGAGGCAUUCUGUUGUCGCAGAUCAUCUCAGCAAUACUUAUGUAACAAUAAUAUUUUGAAAGCUAAAUUUGUAGAAGUGUCAAACACUUUUUUCUACCUUUAAGACAAGCCAUUGAAAAAAGAAGUGCAGGAGAAUUUAUUGCAGGUGUUUUGUUACUGUACACUACAUUCCACUCAGGAUGAAUCCUGUAGUAAUUCAGCCUGAUUUUGAACUUUUAAAUGAACUUUAAGCCAACGUGGGAGCUGUUUUGAUAUUGCAUUGAUAUCGUAAUGCUACUCUAAGGUGGUGUGUAAUGGCAUGCAUACCAGUACACCUACUUGUGCCUGAAGGGGACUGAUAUAACACGAUCUGAUUACAUAAACUGGACCUAAUUGGUGUUAUUGUCUAACCGUGGUAUUUGUUGUGACUGUUUCUUCUGAAGACCCUGCAUUGGAUUUAAAUCAACAAAUAUUGAUUUCCUUUAAGUGUCCAAAUAGUGUAAAUUAAAGCAUCAGAUUAUUUUUGCCUUUAUUUUCUUUUAAUUGUUCAUACUUGCCUUGUGUCAAGCAUUUUAGUAAUUCAAAUAAACCAAAUUAUUGAA